AUGCUCACACAAUGCCGGGCGGCCCACCGGCCACGACAGCCGCAGCUGCGUCAGGCGCUGGAGUGCGCAUCGAGGACUGUGGACUGCAGUAAUACGCGGGGAGCAUCAUCAACUCCAGGGUCCUUGAUGGCCUUUCACACGGCCCGGCGGGCGCGGAUAUGCGGCGGUCGGGCGGGCAUGGCACAGAUGGCUGCCAUGGCUUCGUCAAGGCGUGCCGCGCGGACGUCUCUGCCGCCACCACUCUCGACACCACACGGCCUGCGAUUUUUCUCGACGACAUUCGCACCAAGGCAACGACAGGCCGAUGCCGCCACUGCAGCAGCUUCACGUCCGCAGCCAGUGACCCUGCCGGACCUAGACAAGGUAGCCGCCCUCGUCAACGGGGCGCGCGACCGGCUCCUGAGCCACCCAGGCGUGCCCUCCGAGGGCGAGACGGCGACGGCCCUGCGCAUAUGCAGCGAGGCGGCCGACCUGAUCAUGGACGCCGCCGUGCAGCCGCAGCUCAGCAGCAUCGACCACCAGUCGGACACGGCCGCCUCGACGCUGCUGUCGCUGGACGGGCGCAAGACUGCGGCGGCGCCAGCGGCCGCGGACCCGACCGUGGACGCAGCCCCGCGCCUCCGCCGGGCCAUCGACCAGAUCUCCGAUGCCGCCUACAUGAUUGCAGACGAGCCGCGCGUGUUUCUGACGCCGCAGCUGCUGGAGCAGUACGUCCAGAUCCAGGCGCGGCUGGGCCGCCCGGAGUCGCUGCCGCACGUUCUCAGCCUCUACGCAUCCAAGCCGGCGCCCGCGCCGGCGCCCGCGGCCGGCGGCCCCAUCACGUACAAGACGCAGAACCCGCGGCGGCCGUCGAGCGCUGUGGGCGCCCGCGUGGCCGCGACCGCUCUGGAGGCGGCCCUGGCCGCACAGAACCUGGACGCCGCCGUCGGCGUGAUUGAGCACACGUACGCGGCGCCGGCGUUUGUCCGCGCCAAGCUGCUGCGCCACGGCCUGCUGCCGGCGUUUGUCGUGGUGGGCGUGCCGGCGGCGACGUACAGCCUGGCGUCCAAGCUGGCCACGCUGCAGGAGACCAUGGACACGACGACGGCGACGAGCCUGUCGUUUGCCGCGAUCCUCGCCUACAUUGCCUUUACGGGCACGAUCGGCGUCGUCGCCAACACGACGGCCAACGACCAGAUGCGCCGCGUGACGUGGGCGCCCGGCACGCCGCUGCGCGAGCGGUGGCUGCGCGAAGAGGAGCGCGCGGCGCUCGACAGCGUGGCCUGCGCCUUUGGGUUCCGCGAGGCGCACCGCUUCGGCGAGGAGGAGGGCACCGAGUUCCAGGCGCUGCGCGAGUACAUUAUGCGCAAGGGCAUGCUGCUGGACCAGAUUGAGCUGAUGGAGGGCAUGAGCUCGUGA